AUGGCGACGACCACCACCACCGCUGUGCCUUUGGCGGAAGCAACCAACCCAACUCCCAAGCCUGAAUAUGGACGUCGACCUCAGGAUUCUAUGAAGUCCAGUUGGCGCACCGCCAGCCGCAGCUCAUGGAAUCUGUGGCACUGGCUGAUUCACAUCACAAACAUCUAUCCAGUUCGGCUGGACAAGGAAAUUCCAGUGUUCAAGAAGGACGAUCCUUUGCCCUACUUUUCUCACCGGUAUGGACAUCGCUGGAUCUUGACACACGCAGCAUGGCCGAUGCUUAUCCAAUUCCUCGCGCAACAAUACACCGGCAAACCCUGGUCCGCUAUCGGCACCUUUUUCUUCUACACCUUCGCGAUGCAGUUCAACUCCAUCCAUCAGAUCUGGGUCAUUCGGCGCAUGUCACAUCAAUACGGCUUUCUCGACGGCGACAAGCAUGCACGAGACCAGGUUCCGGACAUCGGCGUCAUGAAGACAGUUCUCUCGCUACUCAAUACCACCACCUUCCGACCAAUGAUUGCAGUCAUUGCCUCGUACCAGCGCAGCACUGAGCUGCAGCUGAACCCGAAGUGGUUGCCCCUUGAGCUUGCACUCUACGGAGUGGUACUGGACCUGUUCUUCUACACCUACCACCGAUCUUGCCACGAGCUCGACGGUCUCUGGAAGUACCACCGCACCCACCACCUUACCAAGCACCCUAACGUUCUGCUCUCCUCCUACGCCGACGAAGAGCAAGAAUUCCUCGAAAUCGCUCUUAUUCCCUUCCUCACCUGGGCGACAAUGAAGUUUAUCCUCCGACUGCCUAUGGGCUUCCACGAUUGGUGGAUCUGUCAUCAGUACGUGAUCUUCGUCGAGGCAUUCGGCCACAGCGGUCUUCGCAUGUGGAGCACUACAAUCACCUUCGCGUCGCCCAUCCUUUCAUUCUUCGGCAUGGACUUGCAGCUGGAGGAUCAUGACCUGCAUCACCGCAAGGGCUGGAGAAAGAGCCACAACUAUGGAAAGCAGACUCGCGUUUGGGACAAGAUCUUUGGAACUAUGGGCCCGCGCAUUGAGGCUGUUGAAGGAAAUGUUGACUUCAACAAUGUUAUCGUCAUGCCGUGGUACUAA